UAGACACCAUAUAUCCUCACUUCCUCUUUGAUUUAUUGAGGCAACUCCACACACCUGCUCCUGCUUUCCAGCCUUAGUUUUUUUUUUCUCUCUGUUUCAUCCAUUGUUUAUUUCUUUUUUUCUUUGUUUUCUGAGGCAGACCUAUCGCCUAUACCGACGCUGGCAUCAGUUCUGUUCACUUCUCGUUUUCGUCGUGGUGGCACUUGGUGCGUCUACUGUACACCAGGCAGGAGAUGAGUCGGUGGUGGACGAAGGCGCAUUGCUCGUUUGAUCUCUCUCACAUGAGGGUGUUUUCUGUUAUUGCGCUUUCACUGUGAAAUCAGGGAUCGUCUACAGUUGCCUCCCUGGACACAAUUUUCAACAUAACUUGGUUUGUUAUUUUCCUCCUCGCCGCUGCGGUCGGUCGUCCUGCGCCGUGACACGAUGCUUAAACAGUAAAUCAUUUUGAGAAAUAGGCCUAUACAAACGAAGUGGAUAUGCAGUCGGUGAAGAUGAGAGCCGCGGCGGGGGUGAAGGAAUUUGCGGGGAAGACCUUGGGUCAUAUGUACAGGGUGAUAGAGAGGAAACAGAAAGACGGGGAGGUGAUUGAACUGACCGAGGAUGGGCGGCCCUUGCAGGCCCCGGAGAAGAAGCCCCCGCUGUGCGACUGCAGCUGUUUCGGGCUGCCCCGCCGCUACAUCAUUGCCAUCAUGAGCGGUCUGGGUUUCUGCAUCUCCUUCGGUAUCCGGUGUAACUUGGGCGUGGCAAUAGUGGGCAUGGUCAACAACAGCACCAUCCACCAGAACGGGAAGAUCAUCAUCAAAGAGAAAGCCAAGUUUAACUGGGAUCCGGAGACGGUGGGGAUGAUUCACGGAUCGUUUUUCUGGGGCUACAUCGUGACACAGAUCCCAGGAGGGUACAUAUCCUCCAGGCUGGCUGCAAACAGGGUGUUUGGUGCAGCUAUCGUCCUAACCUCGACGCUCAACAUGUUUAUUCCCACGGCUGCCAGAGUCCACUACGGGUGUGUCAUUUUUGUAAGAAUAUUACAAGGACUGGUGGAGGGAGUGACCUAUCCAGCCUGUCAUGGCAUAUGGAGUAAGUGGGCUCCUCCGCUGGAAAGGAGUCGUCUAGCCACCACCUCUUUCUGCGGCUCCUAUGCUGGUGCUGUGAUAGCGAUGCCUCUGGCUGGGAUCCUGGUGCAGUAUUCAGGCUGGUCGUCUGUGUUCUACGUCUAUGGGUGCUUUGGGAUUUUUUGGUACAUGUUCUGGAUCUUAGUGUCCUACGAGAGCCCGGCCGAACAUCCAACCAUCACUGAUGAAGAACGCUGCUACAUUGAGGAGAGCAUUGGAGAGAGUGCCAAACUAAUGGGUCCUACUGAGAAAUUCAAGACCCCCUGGAGAAAGUUCUUCACCUCUAUGCCUGUCUAUGCAAUCAUUGUGGCCAACUUCUGCAGGAGCUGGACAUUUUAUCUGCUGCUCAUCAGCCAGCCUGCGUACUUUGAGGAGGUGUUUGGCUUUGAGAUCAGCAAGGUUGGCAUGCUGUCUGCCCUGCCCCAUUUGGUGAUGACCAUCAUUGUGCCCAUCGGGGGCCAGCUGGCUGACUACCUGCGCAGCAAGAACAUCCUGUCCACCACUACCGUCAGGAAGAUCAUGAACUGUGGAGGAUUUGGCAUGGAGGCCACAUUGCUGCUGGUGGUAGGAUAUUCCCACAGCAAAGGGGUGGCAAUCUCCUUCUUGGUUCUCGCGGUGGGCUUCAGUGGAUUUGCUAUAUCAGGGUUCAAUGUCAAUCACUUGGACAUUGCUCCACGCUAUGCCAGCAUCCUAAUGGGCAUCUCUAAUGGUGUGGGUACUCUCUCCGGGAUGGUGUGUCCCCUGAUUGUUGGUGCUAUGACAAAGAACAAGACUCGAGAGGAGUGGCAGUAUGUGUUCCUGAUUGCCUCCCUGGUGCAUUAUGGGGGCGUGGUGUUUUACGGGAUCUUUGCAUCGGGGGAGAAACAGCCGUGGGCUGACCCAGAACUGACCAGUGAGGAGAAGUGUGGCUUCAUCGACGAGGACGAGCUGGCAGAAGAGACGGGCGACAUCACUCAGAGUUACGGUGCUUUGGGCGGCCCGGCGAAGUCCUACGGUGCAACCACACAGGUUAACGGCGGCUGGCCCGGUGGCUGGGAGAAGACAGAGGAGUAUGUCCAAGAGGAGGCGCAGGGAGGAGGGUACGGAUACAGGCAGGAUGAUGGCUAUUCUUAGACCAAACGCACACCACAUUCACUGACACAUGAGUAGACUUAUUUUCCUAAGUGUGCAUCCAUUUAGACAUAAAACAGCUGUCAACAAACAAGAAACAAGAUAAAGAGAAACUACAAUCCAUUGUUUGAUUGCUCAAACGCAAAUAGUUAAAAAAAAAAAAAGAUUUUAAAAAAUAAUUAAGCUAUUGUAAAAAAAAAAAUACUGAAAGAUAUCUGAUUUAAUAGAGGUGUAACACAUAUCGAAUUGGCAAGCUGUAAGUGUAUUAUUAUGCAUAUGGAUAAUAGGUAUAUUUAUUUGGAGUGCAAUCGUGUGUAAUCGUGUGAAUCAUUCUCACCUCAUCAACCAGGGCUUCUUGAUCACACUGAAGCCAGUAGGGAUAGAAACAGUCCAUAUGAACUGACCCCUGAUUUAUCAUUUUAACUGGUUGUUAUUACAGUACAACACCCUACAGGCCAGCCAUUACAGUGUAUAAAUACGUCACUGCACAACAUUGUAACCAGAAACUAGACACUGUUGAAAUAGGUUAUACUGUAUCUCUCCUGAAUGCACUGAGAGUAGUGUGUCCUUUUAAUGCACAAUAUGGGGAUUUUGUUUCCUUAUUAUUAGCUUCUGUGUUGGUAAAACUGUGUCCUUAACACAUAAGUGACCUGGCAUAGAGAAUCUGUACUGAUUUGAUGAGUGGCAAAAAACGACGUUUGUGAUGAGCUGUGGCAGGUACUUUUGGUUACAAUGCAUGAAAGGUAAAAAUGUGCCGAUGUCUUUCAAAUGUUCGCUGUUUGUGGUUUGUUUUGUAACACGUUACCUCGGCAGUUGAGAGUAUGAUUUUACCAAUUGCAAACCCAUCACAUCUCAGCAGUAUAGUGCAGGAGUAAAGCCAUUCUCAUGAUGAUACUCCACAUGUAACGUCUAGUCACUUCAAGUCUAGUCUUACCAAUGCGUUAUUUAAAUUAUAUAUUAUAUGAAAAUGAAAUGAUAUGAUUAUGACAGAAAUAUCUAAAGAUACUGUACACUAAGUGAAGAUAUAUACAAAUUUAUAGAUGAAAUUUAGAUAUGCGAGACCAAGAGAUCCUGGUUAUUCCACUUCUCAUGGCCUUGGUUUAAUUCUGCCUCGUGUAAUGAAGGGUUUGUGCAAUGCAGAGACUUUGAGAAAGUAUAGAUUAACCAAUCAGUAUCAGAGUCUUACAAUAUUAUGGCAGAAAACUGAAGAAAAACUAAUGUUUUAUGGGAGAAGGGAAAAAUGUUUAAGGAUUGCAAAAGAGACAUUCAAAGUUUAUGGGUAAGGGUAUAGAUGAGUGACUAAACUUCAUUUUUAGAAUCUAUAAUGGGAUGAAUUCCAAAAUGUCAAACGACAUUACAGAUGUUUUCAAACGGCGUUAACGUUCUUGACCAAGCUUUUGAAUGUUUGAAAAAGUCGAAAACCAUAUAGUUCAUCUCUUUGGGAGACGUUUAUUUACACCAGAAUCCCAGAGAUGGCGGGGUGACCAGUCACAUAAAAGCGCAUGUAGGGUCCAGUCCAUUUGCAAAAAGUGGGAGAGAGAUGAACGCCGCGAUGCCGUAACGUGAAUUACUGUAUUAGGUAUCAUCACUGACUGGUGCACUGGGCUCCUGAGCAGGAAGCACAAGCAACACAACACUGACAAGGUGUGCAGGGGGGGCCAAGGUACCCAAUCAUCUCACUCCUCACUUGUCUGUGGAGACCUAAAGUCAGCACUUCACAAUAUAGAUGUGUGUGGACGUGUAUUUAUGCAUGGAACAAAGUGUAAGUUGUACGUUUGACUCUCUAUUUGCUUUCCUUUUCGAUUUCUUUCCAUUUUAAUUUGUCUCUGUCUCUCAAACUGUUACUGAUGUGUCAAUUUCUUUGCACAAUUAACCAAAGGUGAAGUGUAGAGCUGGGUUUUAGCUGGAAAUCAAUUUUUUGGUAACACCUUACAAUAAUGGUGCAUGAAUUUACAAUAUGUUAAUACUUUCAUUAAUGUAUGAAUCAUGAUAAGUUAAGGCAUACACUAAUUAUUAUAAGAUCAAGACAAAGUGAUGUUGCUACCUGAGCUAACUAUUGAUCAUCUUUGUUAUAAUGUAUUAAUUCUUUAUGAACUAAUAGUUUAAUACCUUGAAUUGAUGACUUUCAGGGCCCUGACAAGUAAAGACAUGACAUGAUUAUUUGUUUACAAAUUAUUAGCUUAUGUAAAAGCAUUCCAGAUUUGUAAGUCUGUGUUUGUGUGGUGUGUGGUUGCACAGGGCCAGCAGCUCAAGCACACACCCUUAAAUAGUAACUGAUACAUCAAUUCAUGGUAUUAACUAACACUAUUAAGUUCAUAAGGAAUCAGUACAUUAUAACAACCAUUAUUGGCUCGGGUAGGAGCAUUAAUCAUGGGUAUAUUCCUCAACUCAUCAUAACUCAUACAGAAGUUAAAGUAUUAACAUAUGCCAUUCUUGUUGAGUGUUGCCCUGUUUUUUAAGGGAUUGCAGACCAUCAGCAGCGAGGCUCCACCCCGUGCCUCCAGUCUGCAGAUGGCACCAAACAUUACGCAGUGUACAGAGCAAUAAAUCCAUAGUAACAGUUCCUGUCAAAUGUCGACAUUACAAGCACAGUCACGUAACUGUUUUUUAUGCAUUUGUUUUCAAGUCGUGUUUUUGUGAUAACAAAUGUAGAAAAUAAACACAAAUACUUGUAAAGAAAAAAAAACCUAGAAAUAUAUGUAUAGAUAUAUAGUAACAGAGUCCAACACAAACAUCUUUGACAAGAAGAAAAUGCAAGGAGUUUGUGAGGGGACUGCUCACCAGAUGAGAAUGAUAAUCUGGGCUCCGUCUAAGAGGCGGACGCUCUUCUUCUCCAUGUGUCUGUUUCUGUUCAGGUAUGAUCCUCACUGAGGGUGUGCUGUUUCUCUCUCUCUCUCUCUCUCUCUCUCUCUCUCUCUCUCUCUCUCUCUCUCUCUCUCUCUCUCCCUCCCUCUCUCCUUUUCUCUCAUUAAUUUUUAGUUUGACGGGUGUUAGACAUUCAGUAGCUGAACCCCCACUUUAACCACAUGUAUGUCCCUCCCUUCUACCCCCCCACCCCACCCCCACCUCCCAUUUCGUUGUCACAAUAUUCAGUGACUUGAGGAUUGUCUGAAAACAGAUGAAUCAACAUUUUCAAAUAUGACAGAUGUGCAACAUGAAGUGAUGGUUAAAUUUUCCUGUUUUUGUGCCUCUGAGUGAAGUUCCAGUGUGAUUAUAUGGCUUCUUUUGCUGUGUAAAUUGAGAGGGUUGUUGAUGUCAAAAUGAAAUAUAUCCUUUUUUGAUAAAAAAAAAAAA